CCAGAAUCACGACUUGAAAAAUAAGCUCUUGUUGAACAGUUCCGCCGCAUCCGGCCCGAAAUACGACCUCACCUUCCCAAUUGGAAAAUUUCUUCAUCAUCUCUUCAACGACCAUGGGACGGACAAAAGCCAAGAAAAGGGCAAAGUCAAAGGCAGUUGACCCACCGCCUCAAGACUUUCCUCAGAAAGGACCUUCGAUUUCUUCCCUUCUCGAAAAAGCACAAAGCCUUGUCACCCAAUGCGACUAUGAUCUUGCUCGACGAUUUAUCCUUCGAAUAUUAGAGACCGAGCCAACAAACACAGAAGCACAAGAAAUGCUUGGCGUAGUAGAACUUGAAAGAGGAGAUAUAGAUGCUGCGAAAAGGGUCUUUACUGCUAUGAUAUCGGCUGCAGAAAAUUCGACUGUUCCUCCUCCUCCAUCUGCCCAUCUUUGCUUGGCCCAGCUUUGCGAAGAUGAGCCCAAGCUGGCUUUACAGCACUAUCAAACGGCCAUUGAUACGCUCAUGGGCCAGCUGAAAGGCAAGGUCAAGGCAACUGGGGAUGAUUUAGACAACGAGGCCCAAAUCAAGUCAAAUAUCGUUCGCGCUUUAAUCGGUCAGGUUGAGAUAUGGAUGGAUCCUUCGUAUGAUCUCUGUUUUGAAGACGAUGCAGAGAAAAACUGUGAGAGCCUUUUGGCGACCGCACUGCAGACGGAUCCUGGAAAUUCAGAAGCUCUCCAAUCUCUGGCCUCUGUGCGUAUGUCGCAACAGCGCCCAGAAGAGGCCAAAGAAUGUUUGGAGAAAGCCUGGUCAGCUUGGAAGGACCUGGAUUUAGAUGAUCCCAGAGUUCCGCCUAUAGCUACGCGCAUAUCAUUGGCCAAACUAUUCCUCGAAUUGGAGCUAUAUGCGCCAGCAUUGCUUGUUUUGCAUGGUGUCAUGUUGUCCGAUGACCAGGAAGUUGAAGCCUGGUAUCUUGAAGGAUGGUGUUACUUUCUUAUGGCCGAGCAAGCACGGGAGACUAGCGGCAAGUUGAAGGAUAUGGCUUGGGAAGAAUUGGCGAAAGAUGCUCGGGAUCGCUUAGAAACGUGUCAAUUGCUCCAUGUGAAUGAAGGACACCCUGAUAUACCGCUCCUGGAUCAUGUGAAGACAUUAAUCAGCCAGCUAGAAGCUCUUGGCAUACAGCCCUCAGCUCCGCUUGAUGAAGAGGAAGAGGAACGCGAAUGGGAGGACCUAGACAGUGAAGACGAUGACGGCGAUGUAGAAAUGUCGUAGCAGACGUUGCAAAAGUAUCACCUCUACAGAAUCUAAUAAUACCCGGUUCCGGAUAAUAUCUCGCUUGUAAAUGAUCGGCGAAUGAAUUUGAAACACAGAAGACCGGCUUGCUCUUCUCUUCUUCAUUCU